CGUACGUGUUUCGGCAUGCAACAGAGCUCGGACUUCGGUGCCGCUAUCCCCACUCCAGGCGCUCGAGCCUCGAGCUCUGCGUCCUUUUCUCGCUCAGCGUUGUUUUUCCAUUGUUUUCAACGGUCUUCUACAUCUUGUGUUUCUUUCGUCGUUGAUCAGACGUAUUCGAGGAACCGUCUCUGCCCGUGCCGGUUAUAACAAGUUAUUAUAAGUUUAGUGAAGUCCACAUAGUGAUUGUGAUCGAUACUGAUUGUGAUAUUUCGAGUGAUUAUAACAGAAGUGAUUAUAGCGCAUGUCAUGGCAGAUGAAGAAACUCGAAGCCUUCUUCAGGAAUGGGGAAUAGAUGCAGCGUGUAUUCAGCGUUUUCAAGAACAUGGAAUAACAAAAGAAAUAAUGAAAGAUUUAACGGACGAUUUAUUGAAAGAAAUUAUACCAUGUGUCGGACCGAGGAUAACUUUUAUGAAAAAGUGGAAGACACAUAUCGCAAUGAAAAAACGAAAUGAAAAUAUUGAAGAAUCCGAUUCGGAAAGUAUAUCUACUGACGAGAAUAGCGAUGAUGCUUCGCAAUAUUUACGAAAAGUGAAUAAGCAAAAGUGCUUUAUUGACAAAAGGACUUAUGAACGCGCGUUACGUCCUAAUGUGAAGGAAAUAAUAACUUCUACUGAACAAGGACGUGUAAUUGUACGAGCGUAUAAAAAUCAACCUCUUUCACGCCAAGCUCGAAAUGAUAUUAUCGAGAUCGUAAUUGAUUCGAUAAUAAACAACGUAAAAGGACGUCUGAAUAGUGAUGACUUUUAUGUAUGAUUUGGCGAGAGGGAUAAUAGAAGUUUUCCCCAAAGAAGAUAUCAAUGUUUAUUACGUUGCGCCAAUUAAAAAAAAA